GUGCGACACUAAACGGAAGUAGAAAUGGCGCUAGUGGUGUUAGCAUAGUUAGCUUCCGUUCUGCUUGGAUUCAGAGUAGAGAAACAUCUUCAGGAGGACCCGAGAUCCGAUCCGAACCGGACCGGAACCAUCACAGAAGCCCCAUACAGAACCGGCAUGGAGCGCAGUACCGACCCGACUGUGAGCUAGAACCGGAACCGGAGGUCCGGAGGGUUCGGAUACUUUAUGACCCAGAACCGGUCUUAGUUCUACGGUUCUCUGGAAGGUUCGGACAGAUCUUGGAUCAGUUUCAGGUGUGUGCAGGUGGAGGUGUGGCAUCCUGCAGGCCACGCCCACUCAGCCCCUCCCACCACAGGUGUGUUUUCAGCAGCAGACUUCCAGUAAUAUUUUCUCUAGAAUCGAGAGGGUUUUCUUUUACAAAGAGAAGAAAUUAUUCAGAACCAGAAGAAGCAAAACUCGGCCCUGAUGGAAGAACACAAGGAUCCAGAUGGUCCAAAUAUAAAGCAGGAAGAGGAGGAACUGCUGGACAAACACCUGAAAAAUAACCAACAUGCUGAAGGUCUGCAGAUUAAAGAGGAAGUGGACGAAUACUGCGCCAGCCAGGACGAAGUUCGCCUCGUUCUGAAGGAGGAGACAGACACAUUGGGGAUGAAUUCUGCUUCUGAACAGAGAAACGGGGACCCAGAACCAACCAGGGACCGACUCCUGAACGCGCGACUGGCUGAAAACCAGCAACAGGAAGGGAAGAAGAAAAUAUCAGGACUCUGUAAACAUCCACAACCAAGGUCGAAUAAGAGCUGUCAGAAACCCAGAGUUCAAAGUGACGAUGCACACGGUUCCAAAGGUCGAAGGCGGAGCAGAUCUCUGAGCCAAACAGAAAAAAGUUUGUUUUCCUGUAAAGUGUGUGGCAAGAGUUUCUCCCAGAGUAGCCAUCUGAACAACCACAUGAGAUCGCACGCAACUAAGAAACAAUAUCCCUGUGAGGUCUGCGGUAAGUUUUUAAAUGACAAAGGGAGCUUGACGGUUCACAUGAGAACCCACACAGGUGAGAAGCCUUUCACAUGUCCCACCUGUGGGAAAAGUUUUGGUGCAAGGAGCAGCUUCAUUGCUCAUGUAAGAACUCACACAGGUGAGAAGCCGUUUCCCUGUCCAAGCUGUGAGAAAAGUUUCAUUGUAAAAAGUCAUCUAAUCACACACAUGAGAAUUCACACAGGUGAGAAACCUUUCCAGUGUCUCACCUGUGGAAAACGGUUUGGUGCUAAAAGCAAUUUAAACACGCACAUGCGAACACACACGGGUGAGAGGCCGUUUGCAUGUGUGAGCUGUGGGAAAAGUUUCAGUGUAAGGAGUCACCUGAUCACUCAUCUGAGAACACACACAGGUGAGAAGCCAUACUCCUGUCCAUACUGUGGCAGAAGCUUCAGUCUGCGGAGUCAUUUAAAUGUUCACAUGAGCACACAUACAGGAGAGAAACCUUUUCCAUGUGUGGCAUGUGGAAAAAGCUUCAGAGUGAGAAGCAGUUUGACAAUUCACAUGAGAACACACACGGAUGAGAAGCUGCACAUCUGUGAUGUGUGCUGUAAAGGUUUCACUCAGAGCAGCCGUCUGGCUUCUCACAUGAGGAUCCACACAGGUGAAAGGCCAUUCCCAUGUCCCACAUGUGGAAAAAGUUUCAGUGCCAAAACAUAUCUGAAUACACACAUGAGGACUCACACAGAUGAGAAGUCGUAUCUGUGUGUGAUCUGUGGAAACAGCUUCAGUCGAAAAAGCAACUUGAACAGACACAUGAGGACGCACACAGGCGAGAAACCCUAUGAUUGUGAAGUUUGUGGAAAAUCCUUUGGAUGUAGCGGUAGUUUGACCGUCCAUAUGAGAUCUCACACAGGUGAGAAACCAUUUCCAUGUGUCACCUGUGGAAAAAGCUUUAGUGUAAGAAGUUACCUGGUUAUUCACAUGCGAACCCACACAGGUGAGAAGCCUUUCCCAUGUGUCACCUGUCGGAAGAGCUUCCUUUUACGGAGUCAUUUGACUCGCCACAUGAGAGUUCACACCGGCGAGAAGCCGUUCCCAUGUUCAACCUGUGGGAAAAGUUUUAGUGUGAGAUGUCACAUGAUGGCUCACAUGAGAACUCACAAACAGGAGAAAGGUCUUUCUGACACAUGGCCUGUGGGAAACGUCUCCAAGGAGUUGAGAUGACUCUGCUAAAGUCCAGCAUACCCUACCUGGGAAGACAGGUAAGCAGCUGUGGCUUUAACCAAUGAGAGACAAGAGCUUUCUCUGCUAAAACAUUGAACUUUGUGAGAGUUGUUUUAAACUGGGAAUCCUUAAAAGUUACAUUUUCUUGCCUCAAAACAUUUUUUCCUCAAACAUUGUAACCUUAACUUGGCUUGACAGCAACACAGGUACAAAACAUCAGAGGAAGACAAUAUUACUGGUUAACACGUCUAACUAAAUGUUGGCAGGUUGGGGUUCCCAGUCUGUGAUUGGUUCAGUCUUUGCAGGUGCACCAAUGCUAGCCACACUUCCAUUAAUGGCUAAUAGUGGAGGAAAUUUUUCAUUUUGCACUUUGGCUAGCUUUGAAAACAUUUAGCGCACUUAUCUUCCACUAAGUACAUUUUUCCAGAUAAAAUCCAAAGCGCUAAUUUAUUUUGCUGUUUGUAAACUUUCAGUUUAAUAAAGUUCAUCAUCUGUGUUGAAGUUUUGUUUAUCAACUAUUGGGAGUUCUCUAAGUAGAUGUUUAUAUUUCUGCUCUUAUUUUGAAGGAGGGCUGUUUCCCCUUCUUGCUUUCCUUAUUUCUCAACCUUUUUAAAAAAAUAAGAAACAUACAAGAACAAAACAGAAACUGGACAGAAGAGAAAUUAAAUUGGUGUUUGAAGGUUGUUGUCAUUUCAGAGGAAAUAUCCUUUGACUUGGAAGUUUGUGCUUUUGCAUUAACUUCCUCCAGAUGCUGUGUUGCUGUAGCAGUUAGCAUCAGUGGACCUUUUUAUGGAUAGUGCUGUAGGAUUAGCACAGCUAGCUUUUCAGUUAGCGAUGUCCACCACUGAGCGACUUUCUGUGAGCUUCAGUUACAAAAUCUGGAGAAGUGGGUCAAGACCUGAACUCAUUGCUGAAGUGAUUGUUCAGCACCAGGGAGGGGAGCCAUGUUUUUCAUGGACGUCAUAUUGAGUUAUUUCAUGUUUUUAUUAGUACAUGAACACUUUUUUCUUUUUUAUUGUAAUUAUGGAUGAAGGUUCUGCAUUUCUGAGCUAAACAUGAGAGAUUGUUCCUUCAAAUAAAGUUGUGGAAAAUCCUGA